CGCAACGACAAGUCCUAUUGGUUGUCAACAAAUGCACCCAUUCCGAUGAUGCCUGUCAGUGAAGAGGCCAUUAAAAACUACAUUAGCCGAUGCACAGUUUGCGAGGCACCGGCCAACGUGAUCGCAGUUCAUAGUCAGACGCUGGAAAUUCCCUAUUGCCCAACCAACUGGACUUCACUCUGGAUCGGCUACAGUUUUGCAAUGCACACUGCUGCUGGUGCCGAAGGUGGUGGACAGUCUCUUUCUAGUCCUGGCAGUUGCUUGGAAGACUUUCGAGCUACGCCAUUUAUCGAGUGCAAUGGCGCUCGGGGAACGUGCCAUUACUUUGCCAACAAGUUUAGCUUUUGGCUGACAAUCAUUGAAAAGAACAAUGAAUUUCAACGGCCUGUUAGUGAGACACUAAAGGCAGGCGCUUUGCGUAGCAAAGUGAGUCGCUGCAGCGUCUGUAUUAAAAAUUUCUAG